AUGACGAGUUGUGCUGUUGCCGUUCUUCGUGGAGAAGGCGAUGUCAAAGGCGUUGUACACCUCAAGCAAUACUAUGUAAUAAGAGUCGAUUUUUUCUUGAAGGGCAAAGAAGGUGAGCCAACGACUGUAAAGGGUAAAAUCACUGGAUUAUCUCCCGGUUUGCACGGAUUUCACGUUCAUCAAUAUGGUGAUACCACAAACGGAUGUAUAUCUGCUGGACCUCAUUUUAAUCCAUUCAACAAAACGCAUGCUGGUCCUGAGGUUGAGGAUGCAACACGUCAUGUUGGUGAUCUUGGUAACGUAAAGGCAGAUGCAAAUGGCGUAGCCGAAUUUGAGAUCGUUGAUAAACUUGUUCAGGCUAUAAGCUUAUCGAUUUGGCAGAUUCAUGGUGCGAAUUCGGUGAUAGGUCGUUCGUUGGUUGUGCAUGUAGGAGAGGAUGACUUGGGUAAGGGUACAGGAGAUAAGAAAGAAGAGAGCUUGAAGACGGGAAAUGCCGGUGCACGUGCUGCAUGCGGAGUGAUAGCUGUUGCGGCACCGUGCGAACACUGA